UUUCACUGAGGAUCGACUCGAAACGAAAAUAGGUGUUCGAAAGAAAACAUAGGCUCUCCUAAUACAUAAUCCGCUUUGCAAAUCAGUUUCGUUGGUGAUGUUGGCCGCCGGGAGAAAAGCUGUACAAACCAGUGCGUUCUACGCACCGCUGUUUUCGUCCCAAAUCAAACCCAGACCGUUUACCGUCAUCGCAUUGCGUCGGUUUGCCGUGUCUCCAGCCCGGAACGCUAGCGCAGGAGGGAGCAGCAAUGUUGGCUUGUGGAGGGCGGAACGCGUCCUGUCCGUGGCACUGCUCGGUGCUUUACCAGUCGGCCUUAUGUAUCCUUCAUAUGCCGGGGACACACUGAUUGCCGUAAGCAUCGUGAUGCAUCAGCACUGGGGCCUGGAAGCUAUUGUGACGGAUUACGUGCGACCGAUCCUGUUUGGAAAAACCGUGCCGAAGAUAGCGCACGGCUUGCUGCUCAUCUUAUCGGCGGCCACACUGGGUGGAUUGCUCCAUUUUAAUUACAAUGAUAUCGGCAUUGGGGCAUGUGUCAGGAAAUUGUGGAAGACGAAGGCAAUAGAACAUUAGAACAACAGACACUCACCUUAAAACGACGGCGGGUUGUUAAUUGCUGCAAAAUCGACCGAAAAAAAUCAUACUUUAGUAAAGGUUAUGUAAUUCUUAUUUAUGCAAAGAAAACGAAAAUAAAAAGAAGAAAAGUAGGGAAUAAUUGUCUUUUUGGCGCAAAUUUAAUGGUGUCCAAGUUAUAUGGACAUAUGCAAAUUGCUUCAUAAUAUAACCUAGUUUUUGCAGAUGGCAGAGAUGCUGUCAAUUUGAGGUCGAUUUUUUAGAGACUUUUCUCCACUGAUUUCUCACAUUUUUGUAGGUGGUAAUUCUUCUUGAUUCACACAUAGUUCAUCCCGGCGGAGCCUUCAUGUAAAGUGCACAACUGAAUCAGUU